UGUGUGUGUGAUUUGAGAAGCAGCAGGAGCAGGAGCUCAGACGGAGCGCAAUGGUCUGCUGCAGAGACGCUGCAAAAUGCCGGAUGGACGAGUCGCCGUGAGGGCAUGGAGCACUCUCACUCUCAUAGCGGCGCUGUGCAGCCUCCCACCCCCAUCCCACACCUACUUUGGGCUGACGGGGAAUGAGCCCCUGUCCAUGCUACCUCUGAGCUUCCAGCCCGAGGACGGACCAGCGAGGGCACACUACAAACUCUGCGAUCGGCUCAAACUGGAGAAGAAGCAGCGCAGGAUGUGCAGACGAGACCCAGGCGUGGCCGAGACACUCGUGGAUGCCAUUAGCCUCAGUGCACAAGAGUGUCAUUACCAAUUUCGCUUCGAGAGGUGGAACUGCACCUUAGAGGGGCGCUACAGAGCAAACAUUUUAAAAAGAGGUUUUAAAGAGACGGCGUUCCUCUACGCGAUCUCCUCAGCUGGUUUGACCCAUGCCAUGGCUAAAGCAUGCAGUGCAGGACGGAUGGAGCGCUGCACUUGUGACGAGGCUCCAGACCUGGAGAACCGAAAGGCCUGGCAGUGGGGGGGCUGCGGGGACAACCUCAAAUACAGCAACAAGUUCGUCAAGGACUUCCUGGGCAAGAGGCCCAACAAGGACCUGCGAGCCCGUGUUGACAUGCACAACAGCCACGUUGGCAUGAAGGUCAUUAAGGAUGAGGUGGAUACAACCUGUAAGUGUCACGGCGUGUCAGGCUCGUGUACGGUGCAGACAUGUUGGCGUCAGCUAGCGCCAUUCCACAAAAUCGGCAUGCUUUUGAAGCAGCACUACGAGAAAGCACGCAAGAUAGCCAGCGCCACCAACCAGGCGAAAGGUGAGGGCGAGCUUCCCCACGCACCACCUCGUACCCGAGCCGAGCCUUUCUCACGCACCUCUGACCUCCUGCACAUCGAGGACUCGCCCAAUUUCUGCCAGGCCAGCAUAUACUCGGCUGGGACAGCAGCACGAAAGUGCCACAAAGACAAGAACUGUGACGCCAUCUGCUGUGGGCGUGGCCAUAACACGCAGAGCCGCGUGCUGACCCGGCCGUGCCAGUGCCAGGUGCGCUGGUGCUGUUACGUUGAAUGCAAGCAGUGCACGCAAAAAGAGGAAGUGUAUACAUGCAAGGGGUAACAAAUAAUACCCCAGCAGCCACACAUCACGGACAACGAGGGUUUCUGAGCCUGACUGGAAAAGUGACGGACGGUCGUACACUUUCAGACCGAAAAAAAAAACCAACAACAAAAAAAAAAGCAAUAACUUCUCUCUUCUAUCUCAAAUGGACGGAUUUUAACUUUUUUGGUGAAAACUAUUUUCCAGGGACUUUUUUCCUUUUGACACUCUGGAAACCUUCAGAAAAUUAACCAGGGGAGAAAAGUUGGUCUACAAUCUCAUACGUCAUGAGACUGUGUGUGUGUGUGUGUGUGUGUGUGUGUGUGUGUGUGUGUGUGUGUGUGUGUGUGUGUGUGCUUGCAUGCUAUCAUUAUACGUGAGAAAAAAUACCGACGGGGUGUGAGAUUUGUUCGAGAAGCACAUACCUUCUUCACCCACACUACAGUGUGUAUAUGCACCAUGUACAUAGAUUAAAUUGUAUUAUAAUUAUUUUAUAUAGAAUAUAUAUAUAUACCACUUAUCAGAAAUAUGUCAUAAGAAAAAGCAGAGAGUAAUAACCACUAAGCACGACAGUGUGCUCUCGUUCACUUGGAUUUUCUUCGAUUUCUUGACAAAGCCCUUUAUUACCAGACUUAGCUUCAGGGGACAAACGGACAUGUGAUUUUAGAAGGUCAUCAGAAAUGAAAUGUUUCCAUUCCACACGAUGUAGUCACCAGCCCACAGUGUUAAACCGCUAGCUAUAAACUCCAGACGACUUCAGUUAGCAUGGUUAGCCUUGUUGCUGUAGAAAAUGACAAACGCAACAAAAGCCGAGUUAACACGGCGAGUGCGUCUCGGCUGACUGACUACAUUUAGGCGAUAGGGACAACGUGGACAUUCAGUUUUGGUCCAAAUAAUCACUUUAAAUGUUUUUGACUUAGCAAUGUUGACUAUUCAGGGAAUCUUCUGUAAAACCACUAAUCAUGUGAUCCAUCGUAACAAAUCCAGUGUUGACUCGUUGCUCCGAAAGCAAUCUGACGGUUUUAACAAGAGCCUGAAUAGACAGCGCUUCCACUGACAUCAAGGCUGCGUCCCGAAAGCUAGCGUGCACUACACAUGAGCGUUAUUCAUAAGAACAACAGCUAGCAAAUAACGCAGGAUGAUUUUGCUAGCUAGCGAAGUAGCAGAUAUAUUUAACGCCGAUAUAGAACCAUGUCGGAUCGGAAAAUAUCACUCAUAACCUCGUGACGUCUGACGGAGCUUCAAAACGGUGGUUUGAGCAAGAACAUUAGUGUUUGAGAUGAAGUCUUUGGCAACAAUGCUAACAUUUGGGACGUAGCAUGCAAAAAAAAAAAUACAUAUAUAUUUAUAUGUCCCACUGACUUCUUAUAUAUAUAUAAAAAAAGUGUACAUUUCUAAAUUGCUAUGGAAGUAUACUUCAGUAUAUGAUACUAAAAUCAGUUUAGGUAUUAGUCUAGCUAGCGCUUAAACUAACACAUGCUAGCAAAUCUGUGUUAGCGAGUUACAUGUUCUCACAGAAGCAACCGGAAUUAGACUUCAGUACAGUCGGAAGGUUAAAUAUUUAGUAUAAAAAAGAUCCUAUUAAUUUCCAAAUAAAUCAGUUUAUUAGCGUUAGAAGUAAAAUUUCAGUAUAGCGACUUAAGAUCUAAACGUCAGAUCCACACACACACACCUUCCAUGCUACAUGCUAAUGCAGUGGCUGCACACGCUGAUAUUUUGACGAGACAGAAUUCUAUACCCUGUAAAUAGAAAUGCUUUCUAUAGAACUGCCUAUGACAAACUAAGUGCGCUCAUAUAUACAGAUAUAUAUCGCGUAUAAUUUUUAUCGUUUAAAUACAUUUUUUUUUGUUUGUUUCAGUACGAUUGAACUACUGAAUGAGACCCCGAUUAGCGAAACAGCACAGUUAGCGCACUGAAGCUUUCCCAGUAUUUAUGGAUGUGUAUUUAUAUAUGAACAAAUAUCUGGCUACAUAAAGUUGUAAAUAGUUUACGGUUACGUUCCUGUGGUGUAAAGCCGAUUUUGAGGCACAUGCGCAGAAAUUCCACUGCGAAACUAACGUCCAAAACAGAGAAUUUGUCAAUAUCACAGCGAUACUAGAGUGGCUAUUAUUUGUUAGGCGCACACGUAUUCCUUAGCUAAAAAAAAAAAAAAAGUAAAAACAAUUUAGCAUUGCUAGCAUGAAUUACCAUGCACAUAUUUUUCUAUUCUUCUGUCCCCGUAUUAACUGAUACGCAAGUUCACAGUAGCACAGCUGCAUUAGCUUAGCAUCUGUUAUUCGUUUGAGAUUCAUGAGCAAACUUAAUAAGCAAAAGAGCUAACGAAGCCAUGACAGCGUCCAGUUUACUCAUGAAUCUUGGGUUAAUCAAAAGUUUUAGAUUCCAGGAAAAAAAAAAAAAAAAAAAAAAACAUUGACGUGCCUUGACUUUCUGGGUGUGUGUAUAAGUGUGUCACAUCAGUUUUCAGCUGAAUUCCAGACAGUUUUGUGAGAAGGACGGAUGGUAAUUAAAGCAAACCUCACACGCUACAUGCAAACCAUAAUAGCAAAGUGGAAGACGUCGGUGUGCAUUCCUCUAAACCACAGCUGCACAAAACAUGUUAGCAUUCGCUAAACGUCCUCGGCCUCCAGCACACGCGUUCACAAACGCUGAAAAAGAUCACUGAUGUUGCUAAUUAGCACGGCUGCUAGGCACUUUCCCUCCAGGAUAACGCAGCGGCCGCGUUUUCGUUUUCUCAGCAACAAAACACGUGAUCGGUGUGAUGCUAACGUUGUGUUUUAUGUCUUCCGAAUUUUUAAUCUGUAAAGAAACUCUAUUUUUUAGGGAAAUUUUAACGACAAAUUAUAAAUUAUUUUUUAAAUGUUUUAUGAGCAUGUGUACAUUUUGUACAGAUGAAAAUUUUGUAUGGCGUCUUUUUUUUGUACCGAUUAUUGGUGGUUUUGGUGUUUCUUUUUUUGGGGAAGCAGUGUGUGUUUAAAAUUCAGCGUAACUGUUAGAUAAAUCAGCAUAAUGCCAUUAAACAAUGAUAGCUGUGCUGUGAACAAUGACUGGACCCCUCGGUGUACGUCGUCACUACGGGGACAUGAUAUAUAAGGAACUGAAAGAAUAAUGAUGAAAUGUUUUCUUGCAUGCUUUAGCAUUUCUACCCAGGUAGCAGAUUUAGAUGUGUAGCAUUAAUCUUAAAGGUGAACUGUAGGGUUUUAAACUGUUUCAGUCCAACUACGAGCAUGUGUUUUUAUUCCAUCAGUUAACAAGAAUUAUAGUCUGUCGUAGUCUUUGGCUGCUAGCACUGCUAAAGUGUCUGUCUCUCAGCCAAUGAGAACAAAUGUAAGUAGACUGAUGUUAGCAAAACAUGCUCGAUUAAGUACUUAAUAAGUGAUGGAAUGAAAGCAGCACUUGUUAGUGCACUUGUUAGUUUAGGUAGUCCCCUUAGUUAUGUCCCCUUGUCCAGAGGGGUCCAGUCACUGUGCCGUUCUCUCAGUUUGUGUUCAGUGAUUAGUGCAAUUCCACAGCUUUGUUUUCCCAGUAAAUUUCCUCUCUGGGGCAGUGGUUUGUUUCACUAUCCACUCUGUCGUGUCUUAUUAUGGGAUGCUCAGAUGAUUUCCCUCUACCUCAUGUGUAUAGCCUGUAGGUAUAAACUGAUCAUGCGUGACUGGUAAGAAUGUAUUUAAGUUAUUUAACAUCUUUGUAUAACAAAGGCAAGAAAAUCUGAAAAUAUUAAAUGGAUUUUUAAAGAAA